AGUGAGUCCAUGAUUGAAAUUCGCCCUGCUUGAGUACGCUCGAGCGCUCAUCGAGGUGGAUCUUGCCUUGAGGCUUCAAGCUUCACAGCACUUAUGAAGCCCGACACUGCGGCAUCGAGCAUUAUCUCCCAGGACGCCAACGAUCAGCGCUGCAGCAUGCAAUCUCCCAUGAAACACUCGCCAUCCCCACUGUUGGCGGAAUCCGAGUCUGUCGAUGUUCUCAUCGUCGGCGGCGGACCUACCGCCCUUGUCAUCGCCCUGAUGCUCAUCAGGAAUGGCGUACGAGCUUUGGUAGUAGAACAACAUGCUAGAGAUCAGCAGACUCUGUAUGGCCGCGCUUGCGUCCUCUAUCCGCGAUCGCUGGAGCUCUUGGACAUGAUCGGUGUGUACGAUAGAAUAGCUGAUAUUGGUUUCAUAAGUCAAUAUGUACGUUAUUUCAAGCUGCCAGGGGGUAUUUGAUCCCUUGUGUAGGGGAUCAGUCACCGUAAAAGAUGGUCAGGCCACGGCUUCGCGAGGCUGGGGCUGGAUAGAGAAAGCAGUCGCCGGCAAGACUUAUUUCGACUUCUGCAUGUGCAUCCGCCAGCGAUACGUAGAAGACGCAAUGCUCAGUGCAAUCGCAGAGCUGAACGAAGAUGCUGUCCGACCAUCCGUCAAGCUUAUGGACUACAGCGUCGAUGAAUCAUCUGAUCACCCCGUUGCAGCCACCCUUCAGGUAAAAGAAGGCCAGUUGGUUCGUGUGCGCUGCAAGUAUCUGGUUGGCGCCGAUGGCGGCCGGUCCACCGUUCGCGCUCUCAGUAAUAUCGCCUUCCCCGGCGUGUCGUCCCCACACAAGUGGGUUCGGCUCGACGCUAUUGUCAAGACGGACUUGCCUCACCGCCAACACGGAAACGUCCUCUGGAUUCCGACAGACAACGGCAGGACACGCAUUGGUUUCGUGCUCAAGAAUGAGUUGUACGGUGUCGAUGGAAUGGGUGUCACGGCUGACGUUGUGAUGGAGGAGGCGAAGAAAGCCCUGCAGCCCAAUUCAUUGGAGUUCCUCCAGCUGGACUGGUGGACCGUGUAUGCCGUAGGCCAGCGCGCGGCGGAGCAGUUCAAGAAAGGUCGUGUGUUCUUGGCAGGAGAUGCUGCCCACACACAUUCGUCUGGCUCAGGUCAGGGCAUGAAUACGGGUAUACAAGAUGCUACGAACCUCGCCUGGAAGCUGGCCGGCGUCGUGAAAGGCUGGUACAAGGAGGAAAUCCUGGAGGUCUACGACUCCGAGCGUCGUGCAUUAGCCCAGCACCUCAUCGAGCUUGAUAAGGAAACCUCAUCCCUCAUCUCAGGCAAGAUUCCCGCACGAUUCAACGCACUGCCGGACGCCAAUGUCAAUGACUACCUGUACAAUGUCUUUGAAGAGAGUGCGGCCGUCAACGUCGGUCUAGGGAUCUCGUACCCCGAGAAUCUACUCAACCAGACCUACCCAGGCCCUGGCAAUGGCCCUUCCGCGACGGUUUCGGUGGGUCACCGUGGUCCUGACGCGGCACUCUUCCGUCCCGGCGCAAAGCUCCCGCGCAGGCUACAUGAACUCACCGCGUCGGCCGGGAACAGGUUUACCAUUCUCGUAUUCGCGGGAGCAGUACGCCCUGUGGAUGAUUUCAUGAAGCUCGAUGAGGCAAGUGCCGCGAGGUAUCGGGAGCUCAGACAACAUGUUGACUCUGAGGCGUCGUUUACGCGCACCCUGGCGGAUGUCUUCGUUUUCCUGUCCAUCGUGCGAGGCGAAGGAGUCUUGCAGCCUGCGGAGGCCCUCGGAGUCUCUCCUCUUGGGAAAAUGGCCUACGACCACUCGGGCGACGCGUACGAUAAGUACGGUGUGCGAGCUGCAGAGGGCGCUCUAGUGGUGCUCCGACCCGACGGUAUCGUGGGCUUCGUUGCACCUCUUGACAUGGACGGCAUGCAAGCCGUAGGUCGGUACUUCCAGACUUUUGUCAACGGCAGAGCGAUCCGCCAGCAGGCUAUGUCGCGAGAUACUGGGCAUACCAUCGGUGAGAUGUCGGUGGAGGGUCAGGAGGAAUCCACAAGGCUUGUGUAACAGUAGCGGCGAGUGGUCAGUCUCUAGGCUUGAUAGGCUACGUUCGCCUGCUAUGUAGUAGCCCAUCAUGUUGGUAUCCAUACGGGAUCUUGAACGAACAUUAGGUCGGAUGGACGAAUAGCGGCAGGUCGCGCCACCC